CCCCGGCUCAGCUGCUCCCGAGUGGAGGUGGCCGGGAAGUACCGAGUGUAGUCUAGCCUCCCAGGGGGCGGUUCCUGGGACUAGAUGGAGCUUAGUCUCUGGCUUCUCUUGCUCGGCCCUCUGCUGCUUGACAAAUCCUGCCGCCAAACCUUGUAAUCGCCCUCUUUUAAACCCGAGAAAGCAAACCGUUCUGCUGUUUCUGAGCGGGCUUGAGUCUUAUGACUACCUUAAGGAGGUAUUUGGGUAACUAUCGGUGUGUUUUUGUACCAGGCCUCGAGUAGAGGCAGUCAGUCAGAGGAACUUGUGCAUUUCUGGGUUUUGCAAAGAGAAAACCCGGACUGGCAAAGAGAAAGUUGAGGGCUGGGCGGAGUUUCCUUUUUUUUUUUUUUCCAUGUGGACACCUUCCAAAGAUCAGGCCCCUGUGCUUCUAAAUCUUAAUUUGCCUCUCUUGCUCACAUACAUUGGAAACUGACACACAUCAACUUCAUGAGAAAACUGAUCUGUGAGGAAAGUGUUUAGGUCUGAAAGGUUUUUAGGAUUUUGUCUUUCCAGUACCAGCAGAACUACAAAAUUAUUUUUUAAAAAAAGUGGUGACCCAAGCAAUUGAACUGAAGGCAUUCUGGGAAAACCUGCUGUUUAUUGUGAAAAUCAUCUUUGAUCUUGGAAUUAAAAGUAAAGCUGGAAAGGAAUUUACAAACAAGAAAAAGAAGAAGUUUGGAUUUGGACUCACAGGAUCUGGGCUUGGAAAUGCCUCAGAUGUGAGUACAUGCUCUCCUGUUCCUCAUUUGCUGUAGCCUUGAAGAUUUCAGUGAGCUUGACCCAAGGAACACGCCCAGCGUAAGCGGAAUGGACCCGCCUUUUGGGGAUGCCUUUCGAAGCCACACCUUUUCAGAACAGACUCUGAUGAGCACAGAUCUCUUAGCCAACAGUUCUGAUCCAGAUUUCAUGUAUGAGCUGGAUAGAGAGAUGAACUAUCAACAGAAUCCUAGAGACAACUUCCUUUCUUUGGAAGACUGCAAAGACAUUGAAAAUCUGGAGUCUUUCACAGAUGUCCUGGAUAAUGAGGAUGCUUUAACCUCAAACUGGGAACAGUGGGAUACAUACUGUGAAGACCUAACUAAGUACACCAAACUAACCAGCUGUGACAUCUGGGGUACAAAAGAAGUGGACUACCUGGGCCUUGAUGACUUUUCUAGUCCUUACCAAGAUGAAGAGGUCAUAAGUAAAACUCCAACCUUGGCCCAGCUUAAUAGUGAGGACUCUCAGUCUGUUUCUGAUUCCCUUUAUUAUCCAGAUUCACUCUUCAGUGUCAAACAAAAUCCCUUGCCCCCUUCAUUCCCUAGUAAAAAGAUCACAAGUAGAGCAGCUGCCCCUGUGUGUUCUUCAAAGGCACUUCAGGCUGAGGUACCAUUGUCAGACUGUGUCCAAAAAGCAAGUAAACCUACUUCAAGCACACAGAUCAUGGUGAAGACCCACAUGUAUCAUAAUGAAAAGGUGAAUUUUCAUGUUGAAUGUAAAGACUAUGUGAAAAAAGCAAAGGUUAAGAUCAGCCCUGUGCAACAGGGCCGGCCCUUGCUGUGCCAGGCACACACAGAUGCAGCCAAGGAGAGUACCUGCUAUUGUGGAGCUGUGGCUAAGAGACAGGAGAAAAGGGGGAUGGAGCCUCAUCAGGGUUAUGGCACUCCUGCUUUGCCUUUCAAAGAAACCCAGGAACUAUUACUUAGUCCUCUGCUCCAGGGUGGUCCUGGGUCAAUUGCCACAGCAGAGAGUGGCAGCCUCUCUGCCAGCACUUCUGUUUCAGAUUCAUCCCAGAAAAAAGAAGAGCACAAUUACUCUCUUUUUGUCUCUGACAACAUGAGAGAACAGCCAACCAAAUGCAGUCUCGAAGAUGAUGAGGAUGAUGAAGAUGAUAUUGAUGAUGAAGACCAUGAUGAAGGGUUUGGUAGUGAGCAUGAGCUUUCUGAAAAUGAAGAGGAGGAAGAGGAGGAAGAGGAUUAUGAGGAUGACAGAGAUGAUGAUAUUAGCGACACAUUCUCUGAACCAGGCUAUGAAAACGACUCUGUAGAGGACUUGAAGGAGAUGACUUCCAUAUCUUCCCGGAAGAGAGGGAAAAGGAGAUACUUCUGGGAGUACAGUGAGCAGCUUACACCAUCACAACAAGAGAGGAUUCUUAGGCCAUCUGAAUGGAACCGAGACACCUUGCCAAGUAACAUGUAUCAGAAAAAUGGCUUACAUCAUGGGAAAUAUGCAGUUAAGAAGUCACGGAGAACUGAUGUGGAAGAUCUGACUCCAAACCCUAAAAAGCUACUCCAGAUUGGUAAUGAAUUACGAAAGCUGAAUAAGGUGAUUAGUGACCUGACUCCAGUCAGUGAGCUGCCCUUAACAGCCCGGCCAAGGUCAAGGAAAGAAAAAAACAAGCUGGCUUCCAGAGCUUGUAGGCUAAAGAAGAAAGCCCAGUAUGAAGCUAAUAAAGUGAAGUUAUGGGGCCUCAACACUGAAUAUGACAAUUUAUUGUUUGUAAUCAACUCCAUCAAACAAGACAUUGUAAACCGAGUUCAGAAUCCAAGAGAAGAGAGAGGACCCAGCAUGGGGCAGAAACUUGAAAUCCUCAUUAAAGACACACUCGGUCUCCCAGUUGCUGGGCAAACCUCAGAAUUUGUUAACCAAGUGUUAGGGAAGACUGCUGAAGGCAACCCCACUGGAGGCCUUGUAGGACUAAGGAUACCGGCAUCAAAAGUAUAAUCAGCUUCAUUGGACCACUGGUCAGAAAUGUCUGUUUUUGUCACGUUAUUCAUUGUAAAUUUUCAUUCUGUUUUGCAUGUCAAUUAGCAUUAUGUAAACAUUUAUAAUUAGGUUACAUUGUUUUAAGAACUUGUAGCAUAAGUGAAGCAUGAUCCAAAAUACUUGAUUAUUGCAUUUUCAGAGCAUAAACCAGUGACCCUGCUGCUGGCAUUAGAAAGGAAGCGCACAUGCUAAGUAUAUGUGAGGUACAGAUUGUAAACAUCUGUUAAAACAAAACAUUUUGGAGGAGUGAAUGUAUUAGUAUAAUGCUAAGUAUUAAGGCGGGUUUAUGCUCUGAACCACACAGAAAUACCGAGGAAGCAUUUUUUUUCUGAGUCCAUUUAGAAUGUUUUUAGAAUGACUGCUUUUUUGUUCUAAUUUUUCACAGCCAUUAAUCUCACUUGUUCAUGGCACACCUAGCACUGAUGUGUGUACCAUGUUUAGAUGUUUAUUUUUAGAGCUCAAUAUGAUAUAUAUAUAAAUAUAUAUAUAUAUAAUUGUCUGUGCAAGUAAGAAAAAAAGCAUAUUCUUUGUGCCUUGUAUUUUGGGGAAAUUCUAAAACUGGUAAUAUUUUGUAUGAUGAAAACCCUAAUGAGGAAAAACAAGAUAUAUAUAUAUAUAUAUAGAUGAGAAAAUUAUGGGGUUUAAAUGUCUUUUUGUUCCAACACUUUUUCAAAAUUUUUGAAUGUAUAUAGGACUAUGUUGAAAUGUAGAUAUAUGCCACAGAGUCUGUGUAUUGUAUAAAAAAAAACAAAACAAAACAAAAAACAAAAAAAGAUGGCUCUAGAAAACUCCUAUUUCGGUACUUGACCGGAAGAAAAUACUUGCACAUUAUUGCGAUUGUUUUAUUUUUUCUACCAAAGACAAAUGCAACUGGUAUGGCAGACUGCCAGUCUAAGUAAAGUUUUGCACAGCUUACAUGAUACUGUAUGAAUGUAUGAAACAAAAAAGAGAAAAAAUUUAAAGGUCAGGGUUAGGGAUCUUACUCAACUGUGAAUCUUAUUUCUGUUUGGGUCCAAUUAUCUACAGAAGGAGCAUCCAUACAUACAAAUAUUAUUUUGCUGUUCCUCUAGUUUGCUUCCAUAGUAGAUAAGUUGGUGGCCAUUUAGGUGUCUUUUAUUUCUGCACUUAUUGUAGGAAAUUUUAAUAUAUUUCAUAUUAGUAAGCUAUUGAUAAAAUAGUUUUUGACUUUGAAAAUUAAAAUUUAUUUAGCUUAUUGUAGUAUACUUCCACCAAACAACCAAAAUACAGAUUAUUUUUAUUGUAUUAUGUAUAUAUAUAUAAAGAAAAAAGCUAAAAAUAUCUAAUACUUUAGUUGCCACUUUUCCAAUUGAUGUAUUAUUGUGCAUGUACUAUUUUCAAAGAUCAACACAAGCUUAAAACAAAUUUAUAAAUUUUUAUAUUUUUGUACAGGUAUUUUCUUCAAACUUACAUGUGACUUAUCCUCUGUAGUUUCUAGAAUUGAGAAACAUGAACACGUUUAGUUUUUAGGUGCUCUUCUUUGCUCACGUAAGCGGCCGUAUUAGUCAGUGUUUAACUGUGCUCAAGCUUUACCUCUUGAUGAGAAACUCCUAUGUCAAGACAGCGUUAUAACCUUCCACAGGUUCUACCAUCUGUCUUUCUGGAUGGUUUUAUCUCAAAUCUUGUAUUUGGAACUAUGAAAAUUGAUGGCUUAAAAAGUAAAAGCAAGCAUAUCUAGAAGAAAAACCUGAAAUUUCAGACAUAGUUGCUGUUUCUCCAUUACCCAGUGAUAGAACUAAACUGGUUGUCCUUGGUCCUCACAGUAGUUUCUUUUCCUUUCUCUCCCUCCUCCCCAUGUAUAAACUAUAGCACAUGAAGGUUCAAUUCUAGAACACAGUAACAAUCCAAAAAUGUGUCUUUCUUGCCUCUCUGACAUCAUGGAACAUAAGAAACCAAGAAUUGUCUUGACAUGUUAGCUGAGCUGUGACAAGGUUCCUGUAUGUUUGGUGGAAAUGUACCUGUUAGUGCACUCACCCUAACAGACAAUGAGCUCACAUCUCAUAGUUAAUAGAAUUCAGGUUUUUACUUUUUAUGUGGGAGAAAGCAAAGCAUAGGUUCUCAAAUGGAAGUAUAUGUUGUUUUGACAGUGUAUAUUUGGUAAACUGAAAGUUCCAGAAUAUGGCAGUUUUGCAGUCAAGUAAACAUCACUUCAUGAUAGCGAUUCAGUUGGUGAAGUUUAUAAAAUUGCCCCUUUAUAGCUGCCCUGUUAUAAAUUCUGGUUUUUUGAUACCCUUUUCUUGUCUGCAAACCAGAAUUUUACUUUUUUUUGGUCUUGCAUUUCAAAAGACUUUGAAUCUGUUUAGUAGAUUCCAUACCUGUGCAUUUCAGUGUUUUAUAUGUACUACUUAAGUUAAAUGGUUGAAAAGCCUUUAAAUAGUUGAGCUUUUUAAUGUUGACACUUUAUUUUGUACCUAUUUAUAUAUAUAUAUGUAUGUAUAUCUUAGAAAAGCACUUUGUUAUAAAAUUGCAUUUUAUAUGAUUCCUGCCAUUUGCUGCUAAACCUGGGCUGGUCAGAACGCUGCAGCGAUACUUGAUCUAAAUAAAAACCUGGCAGUAAAAUGUAGAGUGCAAGUUAAAUCCUCUUGCUGUUUAAGAUGACAUAGGCAAGCUGUGCAGCUUUACAUUUUAACCAGGGGACUCUGUGGCAUUUAAAACCGUCUAGAAAUGGUUGUACUUUUAAUGCCAGUAAUGAUCUGCUUCCUCCAUUGUUGUUAAAAUACCUACACCUAGUGUAUCACAGACAGUUCUCACAAAUACAUAAAAACCCCAGCAGUUGUACAUGUCCUGUUUUUUAAAAUUGUGGUAUGUAUUUUGGGUGGAAAUCAUUAGAGUGAGAGCUGUCUAAAGGUUUUCUGUGUUCAUACAUGGUAUACAGAUAGCUCAUGAAGUCCAGAACCUUCCCAAGUGAAGGCAUUGUGAAUUCUCCUCAGAUAAACCCAUUGUUCCAAAAGCAACCAUAAACUGACUCUAGUACUACUACAGUAAAAAAGUAACAAUGAACCUUCUGCUUCCUGGUUUCAGAUACACUGGAUUCUUUAGUCUGUGCCCACAUGAGAGCACGCUGCUGGGCUGCUCCUGUUAAGGUUGUGUGUGAGUUUUUCUGUCAGUGUGGUUGCUUGCUGUGCUGUACCAUGUAUGGGUUCUUGUCCUUUCCACGUCCGUCAUGAGAGACUUGGGUGUGGCUUGAUCUUGUGCCUUACUUGUACACUUAAAUGAAACAUCUUCAUUCCCUCCUGCUUCCUAAACCUUAACUUUGUCCUUUUUGUAAGAGAAUCAGAACUAUUCCAGAAGCAUCAUGAAGGAUUUCAGAUGGGCAUGGUUCCAUAGUUCCCUCUCUUUGUAGUUAUUAUAUACUUGUAUGAGAGACAAUUUUGAAUGAUCUUUGAGUAAUCUUACUACAUCCCUUCUCUGGCUUUUGUGAAGUUGUCAUGCAUCUCUCUGAUGUUUGACUUCAUUUGCUUCUUAGCAAGUCUGCAUUACAGAAAGGUGCAUUCAUCUGCUUGAAAGUGACUAUUUUGUUUUCCAGAACUUUUUAGGAGAAGAGUACCCAUUUUUGUUUUUUUUUGUUUUUUUGUUUUUUUUUUUUACAACAGAUGACAAGUCUCUUUAAAAGAAACAGAAGUACAGUACUUUUUAAAUACAAUGCUAUUGGUAUGAAUUUCUCUUUUAUAUAUAGUAUUCAUACAAUUAUCUGAUGUUUGCCUUCAUUAAUAAAGCUGUUAGUUUAUUCACCAAAAUGUCAAAAAUGGAUGUGCUUUUCUUUAUCCCAUACAUUUAAAUAGUAUUUUAGCUGCUAAGAUUUAGUUAACUUCCUAAGAAAUGAAUUCAAGUUGCCUUCAGCAAGAAUUAACAAAACUCAUGUUCCCUUUCUUUAUAUAGUCUUCCUAAAAUUCUGUUCAACUGCUUUCUAAUUAAUUAUGUGACAGAAUGUUAGCAUCUCUCCAAAUCUUGAAACUUGAAUUUUGAGAAUGCAUUGAAUUUCAGUGUUAAUGGAAAAGGUCUCAACUAUGUUUCUAGUGGAGUCUUGUGGAAUACCAUUUCCCAUGGAACUGCGACCACUUGCACAACUUUGCACAGAACUGCAGUCUUGUUCUUCCCUGGAUCGUGACAAAUGAGUCUCAUACAGUGCCGUAAUACUUGUGGAUUCUUUUGUGAUCUUUGUCAUCUUAAUAAGGGCAUUAUGAGAAGUUAACUUCAUGGCUUUUGUUUUUGUCUCUCUCUCUUUUUUUUUUUUUUUUUUUUUUUUUUUUUUUUUUAGUAUUUCAAACACAGUGGGAUGUAACAAUGAAUGUCAGAUGUAGGGAUGGUGGUUUCGUUUUAAGGAAUAAGGGUGUUGGGGGAAUGUGAUGAAAAUGUACUACUGAGAGUUACACACUUCCAUAGGCAAGUGGGAUUAUGUGUUGAAACAUAGUCCCAUUCUUAGUAAACUAAAAUAGAAAUGACACCUAGGAACUGCACUAUGCCAAAUUGCCAUUUUGUUUUGAAGAGACUUUUGGGGGUGGUAUCAAGGUAACAGAACCUCACAGCUACUUCCAGAUAGUAUUUUGGAGUUGAAGACUCAGAGGCUAGUGAAGAGCACCCAGAUUUAUGUCUCUAUGUGCCAAGUGGGAACCGGGCUUGCCUCUUCCAUAACAGUGUAAACACCUGGUGUAGUUGACUCAGUUCCGGGUGCCAUGAGUGGGACUGAUUCUGUGUCUUGCCCUUUGCCUUUGCCCUUUGUUUUUUCCAGAACUAAAUAACAAAACUGUGUAUGUGUACUGUAUCGGCCUUUCCACCACAUGUUUUACGACACUGUACUCCACUGCCUGCUAUUGUCUUCUUGCCAUAGAGUCUGUCCCAUAGCAUAGCAUUUGUGGUUCAGUGACUCCGGAGCUGCCAACACAGAAGGGCAAGAAUUCAAAGUGUUUGUUCUAUGGUUUGGCAGCCUCUUCAAAUAGUUGUGCUUAGGAUCCUGUCUGUGAUAUGAUCAUAAAUACUCCAUAGUUUUGUUUAUUCCCCACCCCCAGCUGGAGCUGUGACACUUUAUUGGAUUCAGUCUUGUCUCUUGUCUAGAAAGCAUUGUAUCUUGUUCACGCAUGAGCUGUUUAAAAAUGACUCAACGUUGGUUAAUAGUCGUGCAGUUCUCCUUUCAGGAGAAGGCCAUACACAGGUUGCUUUGUUUUCUGUCACCCUCUAACCUGUCUCAGCACUUGUAGUCAGACACAGAAUCAUCAGUGUAUGCAGCACCCUUUGUAAUUUAAAAUAAAAAAUAUGAAAAGAAAA